UUUGGCGAGGCUCACCAAGAAAGAAGGCACAACCUGCCCAUGGCUGCCUGACUCAUCUCAUCGGUUUUGGUGGACGUUCCUACCCCCGGGCGAGCUGAAAUGAGCCACAGAACGACCGCACUUCAGCCGGCCGGGGCAGAUUGAGAGACUCGAGAUUCAAACUCGCCGGUUUGAGGGCCCCAUUCUUGGCAACUGCAACACAACACCACGGAAUGAGUGAUGCAAUGGACCUGGAUGGGCCGCCCCGCGGCGCCAAGCGGAAAGCCGACACCCUCGAUGACAUUGCUAUUCCUCGUCGGAUCAAGGCACUGGACCAAGAUGUCGUCAACAAAAUCGCCGCUGGAGAAAUCAUCGUGGCACCCGUCCACGCGCUCAAGGAGUUGAUUGAGAAUGCUGUCGAUGCAGGGUCCACGUCGGUCGAGGUCUUGGUCAAGGACGGCGGCCUGAAGCUACUGCAGAUUACCGACAAUGGCUGUGGCAUUGAUAAAGAAGACUUACCCAUAUUGUGCGAGCGCUUCACCACUUCCAAGCUGCAGAAAUUUGAGGACCUGCAAACCAUUGCCACCUACGGCUUCCGUGGAGAGGCCCUGGCCAGCAUCAGCCACAUUGCCCAUCUCACAGUAACCACAAAGACUCGCGACUCCAACUGCGCAUGGCGGGCUUACUAUGACAGCGGCAAGCUGGUGCCGGCCAAGCCGGGCCAGUCGUCUGACCCAAAGCCGGUUGCCGGGCGCCAAGGCACCCAGAUCACAGUCGAAGACCUGUUUUACAACGUCCCUACGCGUCGACGCGCUUUCCGAUCCCCCUCGGACGAGUACAACAAGAUCAUUGACAUGGUUGGGCGGUACGCCAUCCACUGCUCCAACGUGGCCUUCUCAUGCAAGAAGCACGGCGAGUCGUCGACAAGCAUUGCCGUCCAAGCCAGUGCCUCAUGCCUCGACAGAAUCCGGCAGAUCUAUGGUGGCAGUGUCGCCAACGAACUCACUGAAUUUUCCACGUCCAAUGACCGCUGGGCUUUCAAGGCGAAGGGGCUAGCUACCAACGCCAACCACAGUACCAAGAAGACCACCGUUUUGUUGUUCAUCAACCACAGGUGUGUCGAGUCAUCCAACAUCCGGAAGGCCAUUGAUCAAACAUACUCGGCCUUUCUUCCCAAGAAUGGCCACCCUUUCGUGUAUCUGAGCCUCGAGAUCGAUCCUCGCCGCGUAGAUGUCAACGUACAUCCGACCAAGCGGGAAGUGAACUUUCUAAAUGAAGAUGAAAUCAUUCAGGCCAUCUGCGAGCACAUCCGCUCAAAACUGGCUGCAGUAGAUGCCAGCCGGACAUUUGUCACCCAGAGCCUACUUCCGGGCGGCACCUGGUCAUGCCCAGGACCCGACCCUCAACAGUCAAUAGCCGCAGCCCCUUGUAAGACAAGCACAGGCGCGGCUCGCAGGACGACGACCCGGCCAAACGAGAACAACCUUGUCCGGACCGACACGAAUCUGCGCAAGAUUACCAGCAUGCUGCCUCCCGCCGCGGUCGCCGGUCCGUCGUCAGGCCCUGGGGCAGCCCAUGACGCAGACGCCGAAAUCCAGUACGAGACUGUCGACCGGGAGGUCACAGCAUGUCGUCUGAUCAGCAUCCGCGAGCUGCGUGCCGAGGUGCGAGACAACAUUCACCACCAGCUGACGGAGAUUUUCGCCAAUCACACCUUCGUCGGCGUUGUCGACGAGCGCCGCCGUCUCGCCGCUAUUCAGGGAGGCGUCAAGCUGUACCUUGUCGAUUACGGCCGCGUCUGUUUUGAGUAUUUUUACCAGCUGGGUCUGACCGACUUUGGCAAUUUCGGCGUCAUUCGCUUCAGUCCGCCGCUCGAUCUGAAGGAGCUGCUCACCUUGGCUGCUCAGCAGGAAAAGGAUGUCGAGACCGGCAGAGAUGGCAUAGACGACGACGACGACGACUUCAAUGUCCCGGAGAUUGUCGAGUUGGUUGCCGCCCAACUGAUUGAGCGGCGCGAGAUGUUGCUCGAGUACUUCUCCCUUGACAUCUCCCCCACCGGUGAGCUGCUCAGCAUCCCGCUGCUGAUAAAGGGAUACAACCCAGCCAUUGUCAAGUUGCCGCGCUUCCUCCUGAGAUUGGGUCCACACGUGAACUGGACCGAGGAGAAGGCAUGCUUCGAGAGCUUUCUCAAGGAACUCGCCGCCUUUUACGUCCCCGAGCAGCUGCCCGCCACACCAGGCAACGAGGAAGGCGUGGCUGCGGAGGAGGAGGCAGGCAUCAGCGAUGAGAUCAAGGCCCGUCGGAGCCAUGUACGCCGGGCGCUUGAGCACGUGCUCUUCCCGGCGUUCAAGUCGAGGCUCGUGGCUACCAAGUCGCUGAUGCAGGGGGGAAUACUGGAGGUUGCCAACCUCAAGGGCUUGUACCGCGUGUUUGAGCGGUGCUAGUUCUCUGUUGCUUCUCAUCGUGUGGCUGCACCAUGUGUAUAGCUAGCGACCAUAUGGCCUUGAUGUUACGCGGGUUGGCUGGGUGGUCUUGGAAUGGAAUGGUGUUCAUGGCGUUGCUGGGUUGUUUGCCCAAGGCCAACCACGUUGUGCCUGAAGUUGACCGUCUUGGUCUAUAUGUCACAUCUAGAUGGACGAGG